CUGUGCAGUUGUGAGCAUGCGCAGAGCGAACAUAAUACCCCGACCACGUAGCUAGUGUCAGCUGCAGUGAGGCAUAAAGGUUUGUGGAAAAAUUGCCGCAAUACGCGAAUUCACGGCCUCCAAACUGUACCAACGGGCCGCUGAAAAUGGCGAGAUACCUGAGACCUCCUAACACGUCUCUUUUCGUUAGAAACAUCGCCGACGAGUCCAGAAUGUUAAAGAUACAGUUCUGGAGACCCCACACCAAAGAAAGUUGAAAGGCGGUUGUAGAGUAGAUUCAAGCCAAAGACACCCAGGCGACAAGCAGUAGUGGAAUUUGGAAAAUAAAGAGAGAGCGAAAGCAUGAAGAUACAAAGAGGACAAAAAAGAGAGAGCACCCAGGCUUCCAUUUGUCUGCCAAAGGGAGGAAAAGCAAAGUGUUUAUUGGGCAAAGACAAGCAGGAAACCUCAAGUUCUUCUGCCAAGACAGUAAAGAUCAAGCUGAAGGUCAAAGGUCAAGCAUGUUAAAGGUAACAAGAGAAACUUUUUGUAUCCUACCAAAUUUGAUCACCAUCAGUAUUGUCUUGUCUUCACAAUCUGAAAUCGCCAGUAGGACUAUUUAUUCAGAUUUAUGUUUCAUAACUGCAGUUGCUGUGACUGAAGACGGUCCACUAUAAAUUGCUACACUAUGCCAAACCAAUCAUUUAUUGCAAAUUUUUCAGUUUGAAAUUGUUACCUGAAAUAACAUCAUAAUAAUAAUUUCUCACCUCACUGAUCCAGUAGCUGUGUGUGUUAGGAUUUGGAGCUUUCAACCUGUGUUGCAGGCUUGUUUUAUUGCUUGUUGUGCAUGUGUGCAGCCGUUUGUCCCACUUUCCAAAUUUCAAAAUAAAGUGCCUUAACAAAUCCAGCAUGUUUGAAGAUGUCCGCGAUGCAGAAGACGCUCUUCACAACCUGGACCGUAAAUGGGUCUGUGGGCGCCAGAUCGAGAUCCAGUUUGCCCAGGGAGACCGCAAGACCCCUAACCAGAUGAAAGCCAAGGAGCGCCAUUCCCCUCGCAGUUUCUCCCGCUACGAUGACGACCGGGACGGCCGCAGAAGACGCUCCCGGAGCCGCAGCUAUGACCGCCGCAGGUCCCGAAGCCCCUCUUUUGAGCGUCGCCCUCGGAGGUCUGAGAGCCCCAGAGACUCGCGAUCCUACAGUCGGCAUCGACGGAGCAGAAGCCAUGAAAAUGACAAGUACAAAGCUCCUACUCGUGACCACCACAGGACACACCAUGAACCAGGUUCACGUAGCCAUUCCGCUUCCCGUUCCCCUUCACCAUCCAGAUCAAGACCCAAGGGCAAGAAGAGCCAGUCCAGGUCCCACAGCCCGGCAGAAGACUUCCACCCAACCGCCAGCUCUCAGAAACAGUCUGUGGGGAGAUCUCCGUCACGGUCCUACUCUAGAUCCAUGUCUCGGUCGCGCUCUCGCUCCAGGUCCUGGGCUGGACGCAAGUCUGGGGGCCACUGACUCGCUGCUCCUCCCAAGCGCUCUAUUUGUGUGUGUCUGAGGAUGUUUCUGUAUAACUUUCGACUAUAACUACAACGUUUUGCUCACUGCUUGCAUUUAUCACCUCAUUAAGGAGGAAUCUGUUGCCAAGGGAAUAAGAGCAGCAGGAGCUGAGAUUUUUUUUUUUUAACAUGGUGUAGACAUUUUUUUUUCUGAAAUGAAUCGUUGAAGCACAGUUGAUACCAGAUGAUGUUUUUGUUUUGUACAUCUGCAAUGUUGGGUGCUGCAAUAAAAUAAUAGUAGCUUUGGCUUUACCAAUGAUAUUUUUGUAUUUUGACUUAGCAGAACUUACAUUCAUGCCAUCUGUCUCAGUCUGGUUCUAGUGUGUUAUGUAAACAUAUCUAAAAGUUAAGCUCAAGUCCCUAACUUACCAGUAUUUACUACAUGGCCUGGCCUUACAUGCUUGUUUUCAGCAGGCAAACAGUAUACUAUAAUAGCUGUAAUUACUGUGACAAUGGAUGAUGUACUGAAUGUAGUUAGUUGGUACCCAAGAAGAUGUCCAGUAUUUUGUUUGUGACAAUAUGUUUUCGGAGUCAUUUUUCAUGUAUUUAGUCGAGUGAGUGAAACCAAGUCCUCUCAGUAACCUUACCUUUGUUUCACUGUUUACCUGGUAUCCUUUGUCAAUAAAGAAAUACAUUCUCA